AAAUUGUGCUAGCUGAUCAAUUGUUUUCCGCCACCAAAAUGGGGAGCGGGGGAGGCAUUGGCCUCAUUUGAUUGUUUUCUUAAUAUUCAUUUUUGUUAAUGUCUUUAGUCUCCACUAAAAUAUAAUUUUCUUUCCUUCUGCAGGUGAAGGCGCUGAUCAGGCAUCUGGAUCCUAAUGGUGAUGGAAAAAUCAAUUUCAAAGAAUUCUGCCAUGGAGUGUUUGCUAUUAAAGGCUGUGAGGAGAUAAUGAAGAUGACGGUGACUCCUCGCAGCGUGGCGUCCGACCAUCCCUCUGUCACUGACAACGGUUACGUCUAUCAGAAUGGUGAGUCCAGGCUCCGCACCCCUAUUAUCAUGUGCACCCGGCCUUACCCAGAAUGCAACACGUGCAGCGAGGGCUGUGGUACAGACGGGGAGUGUGACAUGGACAGCAGCAGUGAAAACAUCAACUGCUCUGAUUCCUUAAACCCCAAAAGAAAAAGCAGCCACCCUGCUGGUUCAGCAUCUGCCUCCGUCAUCUCUGGGGAGGAGCAGUUUGAGGACUACGGUGAAGGUGAGGACGUGGAGUUCAUUUCCAGCAGCCCUUGUCCUGAAGAGGACAACCAAACAAAUGGAUUCUCAGACCUGGGAUCCUCACUUCCCUGCAGUGCGGGACAGACUCCUCAGAAGAUGCAGCAGCUGUACUACAGUGAGCUGCUGGAUAUCUACUGUUCUCAGUGCUGUAAGAAAGUCAACCUGCUCAAUGACCUGGAGGCUCGACUGCGCAACCUCAAGGCCAACAGCCCAAACAGAAAAAUUUCCAGCACUGCAUUUGGACGUCAGCUGUUCCAUGCCAACCACAGUGUGUUUGGCUCCAGUCAGGCCAGCAGCACCGAGGACCUGUUCACAGACAGCAUCGACUCCUGUGACCUGGACAUCACUGAAAAAGUCAGUUAUUUGGAGAAGAAGGUGACAGAACUGGAAAGUGACAGUCUGGCCAACAAUGACCUGAAGUCCAAACUCAAGCAGGAAAACACUCAACUGUUUCACAGGGUCCAUGAGCUGGAGGAGCAGAUGAGAGACGCCGAGACGAGGGCAGACCAGAGUCUGGAGGAUGAGACCAGGAGGCACCGGGAAGUUUACAGCAAGAUGAAGAAGGACAAGAACCAGAAGUUUGACAUGCUCCAUAACAGGGUCCAGCAGUUGGAGGAUGAAAAUGGGGAGAUGAAGUUAAACGUGUGCAGACUCAAGUCUCAGACAGAGAAACUGGACCAGGAGAAGCAGAGGAUGACUGAUAAGCUGGAGGACACCAAUAUGAGACUGAAGGACGAGAUGGACCUCUACAGAACCAUCCUGGACAAACUGUGGCACAACCGCCACGAGUUCCAGAAGGAGAAGGAGUCCAUGCAGGAGCUGAUCGACGACCUGCGGAGGGAGGUGGAGUAUCUGCAGGUGUACAAGCUGGAGAUGGAGAAUCCUGGCAAAGGAAAAGGUCUGUCAGAGUUGAACGCCAAGACCAGGGAGAGUGAGAUGGAGCUGGAAGUGAAAAGACUGAAACAGGAGAACUACAAGCUGCGAGACCAGAACGACGACCUGAACGCUCAGAUCCUCAGUCUGAGUCUGUACGAGGCCAAAAACCUCUUCUCCUGUCAGACCAAGGCCCAGUGUCUGGCUGCUGAGAUCGACAACGCCUCCAGAGACGAGCUGGUGGACGCUUUGAAGGAGCAGGAGGAGAUCAACCUGCGUCUGCGUCAGUACAUGGACAAAAUCAUUCUGGCCAUCCUGGACCACAACCCUUCUAUCCUGGAGAUUAAGUGUUAAAUGUCCACCUACACACACACACACACACACACACACACACACACACACACACGUGUGUGUUGUACAUCUUCACCAUCACAGCAGUGAUUUGUUUGUGGACAAUCUUAUUUAUGUGUUUCAUUGAUCUGUGGUGGCGCUGUUGCUGUAAGCGGAGACCCACAGAGCUGAUGAUGGUGAACUCUGCCACCUGUGACUGACGACUGUACACGAAGGAUGAUUGUAACACAGAUCAGUCAGCGGCAGGAUGAAAACACAGACUUCAGUACAGGUUUUUAUUUCCAUUUGUAUAUUCGCACAAUACCGAGUAUCAGACCAACACUGCUUGAGGUUGGGUUUCAAUAAAUAUGUCACGUGAGCUGAUCCCAAACCAAAGUGGGAACGUCGGGAAGCAGGAAAAGAACUCACAGCCCAUUUUAUUUCCUCUCAUUUACGGACGAUUUCUCAAUCCAGUAGGAAACAGAUAGGUUGUAGGUUCGAUUCCACCCUGCCCCCCUUCCAAGGUUGCAUGUGUAACGCAUUCUGCCAAAUGAUUGUGGUGAAUAUUGCUGUAGCGGCCCCCUAGUGGAGGUGAAGUGAACUUUGUCGGUCCAGGAGGGUCUCGUGGGAACGGUGCCAAAACCCAUCCGAGUAUUAAUCAUAUAUUCGCCACUGUUUGUUGCCAAAGUUGUUCACGUGAUGUUGAAGAGUUGUCAACACUUCAUCAUCAAAUGAUAACAACAACAAUUUUUCCAGUCAAUGUUUAUAAAAGUGAAUACACUGUUAAAACGCCACUUAUGAAGAAAUGUUCUUUGCACUAUUUUGAAAUAAGGAGUCAGGGUGUGUGAUAUUUAUUCAGCGUUAAAGUUGCUGAGGGGACGUUAUUAAAACAGUUCCCAGAAAUGACGACAAACUGUUCUACUGGU